AUGGACUUGGCCCAGCUCCAGAAGCUAGACCCACUUGACAAGAUUGCACUGAAGCUGCUGAAUUUGACUAUUAGGUAUGUCACGUUCAAUGUAAACGGAGUCAAAACACUUUUCAACUACUAUCCUUGGACACAAUUCAACCAAGAUUAUGAUCUUCUAUUCAGUUCACUCCAGGCUGACAUAAUUACUCUUCAGGAGCUAAAGUUAUCUUCUUCCAAUAUUUCCAGUGUGAAAAACAUCGGCCACUUGCCUCAUUAUAAAUCGUUUAUAUCUAUACCAAAGGUGAAGCGAGGGUACAGUGGAGUUGGACUUUUCGUACGAAUUCCAAGAGAAGAAGAAUCGUCAGCAGUGCGACGUAACUUACAAGUUAUUAAGGCUGAAGAGGGCAUAACAGGUUAUUUAUCCUCAGGACUACUGGGCGACGUCUGCUACAGGGAUCUACCCGAGCUGGAAAGUAUUGGAGGAUAUCCUGAUGAUUUGGAUUCUGUCAUGGGUCUAGAGCUAGACAGUGAAGGAAGAUGUGUUUGCAUAGAACUAGCUUGCAACUUGGUGGUUUUCGCCUUGUAUUGUCCUGCCAAUUCUAUGGGGGAAGAUGAAGGAGAAGCUUUCCGACUUAAUUUCUUGAAGAAUCUCUUGAAGCGGUGCUACAACUUGAAGUACAAACAUGGCAAGGAAGUUAUUGUCAUGGGAGAUAUAAACGUAAGUUUGGACUUGAUUGACAGUGCUGAGGGUAUCGAUGAUAGACAAAAACAGAGGCUUGUUCUACCCAAGACAGAUGGAAUCGAUUUUGAAACCAUAAACUACGAUGAAUGUUUUAAUUUCAAGAGAUCAACACGAGCUCGUGCCUUAUUGAAUCAGUACACCAUUCAAUCUUUACAACAUAACCUCUCCUUAGACCGACAUCCAGACUACGAGCAACAGUUUCUAUACGACACUACGCGAUAUCUACAAGGAAGACGAAUGCAGAUGUAUACAGUGUGGAAUACCUUGAACAGUUCACGUGCCAUUAAUUUUGGUUCGAGAAUCGACCUUAUCCUAGCCAGUAGCUACAGAAUGAUUAAGAACAUUUCCAAUGCCGAUAUCUGGCCAUUUAUUCUUGGUUCUGAUCACUGUCCCGUUUUCACUGACUUCGAAGCAUUAGAAAUUGAUAAACCUGAAGAAUCGAAGUCAGCAAAACUUCAUUUUGAAGCCAAGUACCAUCAUAAACUCUCCCAAGUCAGAGAUAUAUCUCUACUAUUUUCCCGAAAGAGAACUUCUACUCUGGAAAACAAUAGUCAAAAUUCUAGUCAAAAUUCAGCUUCAGAUGAAACAGAAGUGAAACGAACAAAACCAGAAGCUUCCAGUACAAAGCUGGCCUUCAAGUAUGUUAGUCGUAAACCUAAGAAGGUUGAUGGAACGAAGCCUAUCAGUACAUUCUUCACUCUCAACUCUACGAAGAAAAGUUUGUAA